CUGCUCUUGCUGAAGUUAUUCAGUCUCAUCAACUCCACCAGACCACCACCAUGAAAUUCGUGGCUCUUGCUCUUGCCCUUCUGCUGGCCGUCGGCUCUCAUGCCGCUUCCCUGUCGGUUGAUGCACCAUCACAACUGCAGCAUGUACGAUCUGUCAUGGAUCUCUACAUGACUCAGGUGAAGGACAGUGUCAAAAAAGUCCUGGACCAACUCGAUGGUACUCAGUACCAGGAGCUCAAGCUCACCCUGACUCAGCGCCUGGAUGAUGCACACAAUCAGAUUAAGGCUUUGCAGAACUCUGUUUCCCCUAUCACUGACAGUGUUGUCACUACCAUCGCUGAUGCCACCGCUGAAUUCCGUGCUUCUGUCGAUGCUGAUAUCGAAGCCCUGAAAACUGAGAUUGAGCCCAAACGUGCUGAAUUGAGAGAUGUCCUCAUGAAGCACUUGGAAGGAUACCGUAUGGAGCUGGAGCCCAUCAUCCAAGAUUACCAUGCCAAGAACAAAGUUCAGAUGGAUGCCCUGAAGCUCAAGCUGGAUCCUGUGCUGGAAACGAUGAAGACCAAGGUGGCUGAGAAUGUGGAGGAGACCAAGACCGCCCUGAUGCCCAUUUUGGAAUCUGUGUAUGCUAAACUCUCUGAGCGUCUUCAGAAUCUGAAGGAGCUGGCCACUCCCUACGUCGAGGAAUACAAGACUCACCUUACGCAGGCCUACGACCAGGCAAAAGUAGUCAACACCGAGGAGAUGGAAGCCCUGAAGGCGAAGCUUGCACCUAUGGCUGAGGAAGUCAAGACAAAGAUCCAAGAGAUGUUUGAGUUGACGAGCGCUACCUUCAACAAAAGCUAAAUCCUCUCCACCCUGUUCCUGUAGCUAACCAUACCUGCCUAGAUCCAUUCCACCUUUCUCUCCAUUCCUUCUCUAUUCACAUGCACACACAGAACACCUCUCAAAAUGAAGCCAAUACCUAACUGAUGCAUGUCACUUCAACAAAAUGGAAGGACUCUUGCUCUCUCUCUCCACCAAGCAAACACCCUCACACCUACACACAUGCUCAAGCACAUGCAAGCGAAGACAUACACAGACUCUCACAUAACUCAGCACACACAUGCUUUGCUCUUCAUGCGCCAAAGCCAGCUGCUUACAUUUUGUGUAGGAAUUGUAUGUGAAUGAUCACAAAUGCCUGAACCUCUGUGAUAUGAUGCUUGUUUGAUAAAAACUGUGCUUUGACGAAAUACAGCUCAAUAAACAUCUGACUCUUUAUACUA